AUGGCAUCGUCGGUUCUUCCUCGUUUCCUCGGCCGUUCCGCCCCCAGAGUCACCCUGGCCACCCGGAGGCAGUUUGUACCUGUUUCGGCAUGGCGGGCAGCUUCCACGAAACACCCCCAGGGAUUCACUCCCCCAACUGAAGAUGAACUGAACGAGCUUCGGGAUACCGUCCGGGAGUUUGCCAAGCGUGAAAUUCCAGAGGAGGUCGCCGCCAGGACGGACCAGCAGAACCAGUUUCCCCCCGAGAUGUGGAAGAAGUUUGGCGAAGCCGGUUUCUUGGGUGUCACUGCAGAGGAAAAAUAUGGCGGUCUCGGAAUGGGUUAUCAGGCACACUGCAUCGUGAUGGAAGAACUUAGCCGUGCUUCAGGAAGCAUUGCACUUUCAUACGCUGCUCACUCCCAGCUGUGCGUCAACCAGCUUUGCCUCAAUGGCUCGCCAGAGCAGAAAGAGCGCUUCCUGCCCGGCCUCAUCUCCGGAGAGAAGAUUGGAGCACUUGCCAUGUCCGAACACUCUGCCGGCUCCGACGUUGUGAGCAUGAAGACCAAGGCUAAGGCUGUUGAUGGCGGAUUUGUCCUCAAUGGCACCAAGAUGUGGAUCACCAACGGCCCUGACGCUGACUUCAUCGUCGUGUACGCCAAAACUGAACCUGAUGCUGGCUCCAAAGGUAUCACCGCGUUUGUCGUCGAGAAGGACUUCAAGGGCUUCUCCUGUGCCCGCAAGCUUGACAAGCUCGGCAUGCGUGGAUCCAACACUGGUGAACUUAUCUUUGAGGAUGUCUUCGUCCCACACGCCAAUGUUCUAGGCCAGAUCAACAAGGGAGUUAGAGUUCUGAUGGAGGGGCUUGACCUUGAGCGUCUUGUUCUUAGUGCUGGACCACUAGGUAUCAUGCAAGCUUGUCUCGACCUCGUACUUCCAUAUACUCACACCCGUACCCAAUUCGGCAUGCCAAUUGCGCACAACCAGCUCAUCCAAGGAAAGCUCGCUGACAUGUACACCAAGCUUGCUGCCUCUCGAGCUUUCACCUAUAACACUGCCCGACAGGUUGACCAGUCUGCCAUUUCCUCUGAUGGAACUCAGGUGAAGACACAGGACUGUGCCGGUGCUAUCCUGUACGCCGCAGAGCGUGCUACCGAGUGCAGUCUCGAUGCUAUCCAGCUUAUGGGAGGCAACGGAUAUAUCAACGAGAUCCCUGCCGGACGACUCCUCCGGGAUGCCAAGCUAUAUGAGAUUGGUGCCGGUACUAGCGAGAUUAGACGAAUGGUUAUUGGAAGAGCGUUCAACAAGGAGUUUGCCUGA